CUCGAGUUUUUGUGAGCAGCAAUAAUACAACAACACCUGAAAUUAGAAAGAAAAAAACAACCAGACGCAAAGAUAUCGCCAUUUUCUCUGCAUUCAACUCAUUUUGAAGUCAGUGAAAAGUGUUUCAAAGUAGAGAUCGUGAAGAAUUCAAAUAACUUUGUGAUUUUAAAUUGUUGCCUAAAGCCAAUGAAAACCUUCAAAUACUUUUCCUUAACACAGAAAGAGGAAAAAUAAAAAAAAACUUUCUGAAUAAUUAACGAGAGCACUUUUAGAAUGGUGAAGAAAAGAGGAAAGCAAAGAAAAACAAAACGAGCUGGUCCAAAGUCAGUAACAGAAGUUAAAAGCGGAAAUGACGAUGAUUCCAGUGAUGCUGCUUCUGAAAAUAAAAAUAUUGAGAACAACUCGACUGAAACUAAUAAAGAAUCAGAAGCUUUAGAAAGUAAUAAAUCCAAAGCUGAAAAUGCAAAGAAAAUUGAUAAUCAAGAUAAUCCUGAUUUAGAUGAAAUGUCUAAAGAGGACUUUGUCGGAACUGAUAAGGAAGAAGAAAGAAGAAAAUCUUCGAGUGAGUUAGACGAACCUGCUAGAGAGUGUUCAGUUACUUCCGAUAAAGAAGAAGAAGCAGGAACUUCGACAGUGAGCAAUGAUAUUAUUCAAAAUGCAGUAAAUGAUGAGGAAACUUCAACAACUAAAGAUAAAGACGAGGAAGGCAUCAAGCCAGUGCCAGUGUUAAGAUUAGUGCCAUUAACAAAACUUCUUAAACCUGACUUUCUUGCUGAGCCUGUAAAGCCAAAAGCCAAUUCAUCUAAAAAUUCUGCACGUAAAUCAAGUGGAAAAUCCAAGAAAUCUUCAUACAUUGAGAUAAGCAGCACAAGCAGUGAUAGCGAAAUUGAACAGAUUUCCAUCACAUCUUCAGACUCCUCUGACGUUCAAGAAGUUAAUAAACGAAAGAAACGAAGUAGCAAAGAGACUAAUAGUACAAAUAAAAAAUUAACUAAUGGUAACAGCAUCAACAAAAUAAGCUUCAAGGAACCAGAAUCACCAACAAUUAUCAUUAGAAAUAGUGAAAAAAUUUCAGUGAAUCUUGAAAAGAUGCCGUGCAAUGUUAAUAAAUUAAUGAAAACUUAUCGCAUUGAAGAGACUUGGUCUGAAUCUGAUGACUUUGAAAGUAUGAUCAGCAUGUCAAAGAUUGAUCGAAAAGCUGUGGAAAAGUCGAAGGAAGAUGAUGAAGCCGCUUCAAAAGCUGCCAUUGAAGAACAAGCAAAACGACCAGAAAAAACCAGCGCAAAAUAUUCCAAAUUAAAAAGAAAAAAUUUAAAUUUGUCAGACAUAACUUCAGAUGAAAAUGAUUCAGAUGAUGAUGAGAAACGAAAAAAGGUUCCAAUGAGGAUGACAAGAAGUCUUCGACAAAAGUUCAUCGCUGUUGAGACAGAAUCUGAAAUAGAAUUGCCAUCGAAGAAGAGUCCGAAAAAGAAACAUUCAAAUGAAGAAUUUGAUUUAAGUAGCAGUGAUGAGAAAAUACUUUCAAAACGAAAGAAAAGUAGCAACAAAGAUGAUCAUAGUAAAGAAAAAGUGACUGAUCGUCGUAGAAGAAAAUCAACGUCAUCAGAAAGUGACAGAAAAGAAGUUAGAACAAGAAAUCGAUUAGCUAAAUCCAAAGAACCACCACAAAUGUCUGCUGGGCAAAGACAAACCAGAUCAAGAAGAGAAGUUCAAAAAAAUCACGAAAAAAACUCAAUGAAAUCAAAUGACCUGAGAUUGAAAGAAAUGUUUCGUCACAGCUCCGCCGAAAAAUCAAAUCACGAUUCAAGUGAUGGCAAUUCAGAGUCAUCCUCAUCAAGUUAUCACCGAAAACGUCUCUUAACUCCUCUCAAGUGUUCAAAAAGUGAAGUUGAACAUUCGCAAAGUGACAAAGAGUCAGAUACAAGUCGAACAGUGCUUGAAGAUGAACCUCCGGUUCUUGAACAGAAAUUCCGGUCACGAAAUAAAUUUGAGAAAAUUUCUGCAUUCGAUACUUUGAAGAAAAAAAUUGAACAACGAAAGAAGAAGCAAAAAGUGAGCGACAAUGGUGAAGAUUCGGGAAGGAAAAGUUUCAACAAUAAAAGAUCUGCUGCUGGUGCUUCUUCUUCUGUUAAGAAAGAAAGCGAAGAUGAUGAAAUGAAAAUGGAUGAAACAACUGAGUCACCAUUAACAAAGAAGCUGACUACAAAACGAAAGCGACUUAUAUCAAGUAGUGAAGACGAAAAUAACAAAAGUGAAAAGGAAAUAAACGAGAAAAAGAAGAAGAAAAUGAGUUCAAGUGAAGAAGAUUUUAAUCCACAAUCAAGUGAAGAAGAAAAUAACAAAUCAAAUAGUUCGGAUGACGAUGAUGAUAAAUCGAUAAAGAGUCAAAAGAAGAGCUCCAGUGACGAAGAUUCUGACGAUGAUAUUAAAGAUUUGGAGAAUGAUCGUCCAAAGAAACGUAGAAAGCGAAUUAAAAAGGUCGCUAGCAGCGAUGAUGAAGAUGGCGAAGGUGGUGAGAAGAAUAAAAGUGGAAGAAAGAACAUCCGAAAGAUGUUGCGAACUGAUAAGCUUGAUGUGUCAACGAAAGAAGCGGCCAAACUAGAGAAAGAACGAAAGCAACGCAUUGAAGAUCGUCAGAAGUUGUACAAUCAGUUUUAUGAUGAACGUCCUGAAGAAGCGAAGGAAAUCACAAAACUUGUACUCGAUUUUGACGAAGCAAGCAAGAAAACACUUCUAGAAGUUGACAAGAAGUUGGUGAGAAAGUUAAAACCACAUCAAGCGAAUGGUAUUAAAUUUAUGUGGGAUGCUUGCUACGAAUCACUCGAAAGAUGUAGAAAUGAUCUCGGAUCUGGCUGCAUUCUCGCUCAUUGUAUGGGACUUGGAAAGACUCUUCAGGUCAUCACACUUGUUCACACUUUACUGAAGAGUUACAAAAAAACUGACGUGUUUCGUGUACUUGUUGUGUGUCCUUUAAGUACUGUUCUCAACUGGGUUAAUGAGUUCAACAUUUGGUUGAAAGAUAUUCCGGGUUCUGAAGAUAUUUACAUCUAUGAGAUUAACAAACUCAAGCAGAAUAUUCAUCGUGCUAAUAAACUCAUGGAGUGGCAUAAUGACGGCGGUGUUAUGAUUCUCAGUUAUGAUAUGUUUCGAAAUCUCACCAACGAUACUGGAAAUCGCUUUCGAAAGAAGAUUAAGGAGUCGUUACAAACGAGCUUAGUGGAUCCAGGUCCCGAUUUAGUGAUUUGUGACGAAGGGCAUUUGUUGAAGAAUGAAAAAACUUCGAUUUCAAAAGCAAUGAUGCGUUUGAGAACUCUUCGUCGGAUCGUUUUAACCGGAACACCAUUACAAAAUAAUCUCAAAGAGUAUUACUGUAUGGUGCAAUUUGUCAAACCGAAUUUGUUAGGAAAAUAUCAAGAAUACAUGAAUCGUUUUGUGAAUCCCAUCACGAAUGGUCAAUACACCGAUUCAACUGAUUACGACAUUGCUGUAAUGAGACGACGUGCUCACGUUCUUCAUAAAAUGCUUGACGGUUGUGUUCAGCGACGUGAUUAUUCAGUUCUUGCUCCGUUUUUGCCACCAAAACAUGAAUAUGUGUUAUCAGUUAAACUCACGCCAAUGCAAAUUAAACUCUACAAGUUUUAUAUGCAAAACAAAGCGCGAUCGGAAGAUGAAAACGGCGGACGGAAAGGUUCAAUUCUUUUCAAAGAUUUUCAAAAUCUUCAGCGUAUUUGGACAGCGCCUCUUGUUCUUCGGUAUAACAGUAAUCGAUAUGAACAUGAAAUGCAACGAAGAAAAAUGUUAGCAUCGGAUGAUGAAUCGGAAGGGUCUCUAAAAGAUUUUAUUGAUGAUUCAGCGAGUGCAUCAUCAACCUCAAGCUCAAGUUCUAACGCGUCAAGCGACGAUGACAAUGCAAGUAUUCGUUCAGAUGAACCACCAAAAAAGAAAAAGAAGAAGGAAAAAGUUAUCGUUCCUCGACGUACACGAGCUAUGGCUGCGGAAAUUCCAUCAGAUCAUGAGAAAGAGGAAGAAGAAGAAGCACCAAAAAACGAAAAUCCAACUGAAUGGUGGAUGCAAAUUUGUCCUGAAGAAGAAGUCAACAAUCUUGAACAUUCCAGUAAACUCAUGUUGUUGAUGUCAAUUCUGGAAGAAUGUGAGGCUAUUGGUGAUAAACUUCUGGUUUUCUCUCAAUCAAUCUUCUCAUUAGAUGUGAUUGAACAUUUUCUAAAUCAAAUUGAUGAGAAGACUCAAAUGAAUGCUUCGUGUGCAUCUUUUACCGGUUCGUGGAGUCUUGGACAAGAUUAUUUCCGUUUGGAUGGAUCAACACCUGUUGAGCAGAGAAACAUCUUCUGUAAGAACUUCAACAGUCCAAGUAAUCCGCGUGCUCGUCUUUUCCUCAUCUCGACCCGUGCUGGUGGUCUUGGCAUUAAUUUAGUUGCUGCAAAUCGUGUUAUAAUAUUUGACGUAUCUUGGAAUCCAUCUCAUGAUAUCCAAAGCAUCUUUCGUGUUUAUCGUUUUGGUCAAAAUAAGCCUUGUUAUAUUUAUCGUUUCCUAGCUUUGGGUACAAUGGAAGAGAAGAUUUACGAGCGUCAAGUUACGAAGCAAGCCAUUUCGAAACGAGUUAUUGACGAACAGCAAAUCGAUCGUCAUUACAAUCAAAAUGAUCUCCAAGAGCUCUACAAAUAUGAUUUGGAACCAGAUGAUGAACGAAUUCUUCCGAUUCUUCCCAAAGAUCGUCUCUUUGCUGAAAUGCUUAAGAAAUAUGAUGACGUCAUUUACAAAUAUCAUGAACAUGACACAUUAUUGGAGAAUAAAGAGGAAGAGACGUUAAAUGAAGAAGAAAGACGUCAAGCAUGGGAAGAGUUUGAAUCUGAAAGGAAACGUCCGCAAUUUAUUCCUCAACCUUACAUUCCUCAGCCGACACGAGGCAUUGGACCAGUCACAUCAAACAACAUUUUUGGUAUACGAACUGACGUUUUACUCAAACUUCUUUCAAUGAAAGCUCGAUUGGAUAACCCAAUGAUCACUGAUGGGUCAGUUAAACAAGCGAUUCCUUUGUUAAUGCAAGAGUUGUAUCGUCAAAUGGAACGUGGAGAAUUGACGCUUUAUCAACAACUCAUCGCUCUCUCAAGUUCCUUGGAAGUUCCUACAAAUUAUGGUGGCCAGUUUCAUGUUGAUGAAAAUAUGAUGCAGCAGACUUACAACAGCAUGAAUUCGAUGCCUUCAACGUCAUCGCUUCACAGUGGAAUGUUGUAUCAACAACAGCAAGAACAAUUGAUGAGAUUGGCUAAACAUCGACAACAGCAAAUGUUAAUGCAGCAACUUCAGAAUCGAUCACCACCGAGAGUUGUUGGAAACAUCAUCGAAAUUGAUUAAUUAUUAAAAAUAUAUUUAUGAGACAUGAGACUUGUAUUUUCGUGCUUGUGGUGAAGUUAAGACUUUAUUUCUCUUUUAGUUUCAAAAUCAGCAGUUCCAUCUUAUCAAUUCCUAACAUCAAUUCAAUUAAAGAAUCACAAGAAAUGUAAAAACAAAACAAUUAAAAUGAAAUAUUAAACAACAUAGCACAUUUAAUAUUAACUUAUGUUUAAACUUUAAAGAAAUGAUGUCUUUUGUUUUGUUUAACUACAUUUAUGAAAAAUGUCGUGUAAAAUAAAUGAUUUUCAAGAUUAAA